CAUACAAACGAUGUUAUUGUCACAGUGUCCCUAACAUCAAUACACAGAAGAGAGAGAAUAGAAUAUGGAAAAAGAGAGCGCAGAAGCAGUCCUCAAUUGUAUUGACCUCUCCAAAGUCAAUAUUCAACAAUCCGUUAAUUUGCUCAAACAGUCUUGCACCGAUUCUGGGUUUUUCUAUAUUAUCAAUCAUGGAAUUAGCCAGGAGUUUAUGGACAAGGUUUUUGACCAGAGCCAGAAAUUUUUCAACCUUCCACUCAACGAAAAGAUGAAGGUUCUCCGGAACGAUCACAAUAGGGGAUACACUCCUCUUCUCGAUGAAAUCCUUGAUCCUCAGAACCAAUUACAUGGUGAUUUUAAAGAAGGCUAUUAUAUUGGAGUUGAAGCUAAUGAUUCACUUGAUCACAAACCUUUUCAUGGUCCAAACUUAUGGCCGGCAUCAGAUGUUCUCCCAGGAUGGAGGGAAACUAUGGAAGAAUACCAACGCCAGGCAUUAGAAGUGGGGAGAGCAGUUGCAAAGAUAAUAGCUCUUGCACUUGAUUUGGAUGCUAAUUUUUUCGAUAAACCAGAAACCCUAGGAGAUCCCAUUGCGAUUCUGCGUUUGCUACACUAUCAAGAUAAAAUCUCAGAGCCGUCGCAAGGUUUAUACGCAGCUGGAGCUCAUACUGAUUAUGGCCUGAUUACUUUGUUAGCAACAGAUGAUGUCCCGGGUCUUCAAAUAUGCAAAGAUAAGGAAGCUAAACCUCAGAUAUGGGAGGAUGUGACACCAUUGAAGGGAGCAUUUAUAGUUAAUCUUGGAGACAUGUUGGAGCGCUGGAGCAACUGUAGUUUCAAGUCUACAUUGCACAGAGUUAUAGGAAAUGGUCAAGAAAGAUAUUCUAUUGCAUAUUUCUUGGAGCCUGGUCAUGAUUGUCUAGUGGAAUGCUUGCCAACCUGCAAAUCAGAUGCAAAUCCUCCUAAAUUUGCCCCUAUCUAUUACCGGGACUACUUGAGCCAGCGCUAUAAGGAAACACAUGCUGAUCUGCUGGUAUAUGACAAACAACAAUCUUGAGCACAUGUGAUAGGGCACCAAUUACAUUUGAGCUGGUUGAUGAGAUGUUGAUUAAUCCUAAGAAUAAUAGGGUGUGAUAAAAAGGGCGCGGCACCCUUGAGUUGGUUAUAAGAAGUGAGUGGAGAAAAUAAUGGGUAAUGUUGAACAUUUUUGUUUGAAAAUUGUAGACUGAAAAAUUGUUCCAUGUGGAGUGUAGGUUGGGUCAGUCUUGUAAAGGGUCUAUUUCAUUAUUUCACAAUUCCCUUUCACUUUCACAUUUCAUUUCAUUAUUUCAAUUGGUUCUGAUGGGUCAUUACGAGGGGAGCAUCCACAUUAGAUCGAAGACUUUUAUUCUGUUAGAAAGCUAUGCUUGCAUUCUCCAUUGAUUUAGUUUGUAACUAACUUUUGAUUCACUUCAUUGAAUGAACUCAAUGUACAACUGAUUGCAUUUAUAGUUACAAUCAGGUAACGUGCAA